AUGCUCCGGCCAGACCAGCUCUUGCGGGCAUGCUACAUCGUUCAACGACACUUCGUUUGGAUUGUUCAUCUCGAGGUCGGUGUUUCGUGCGUCUGGUCGCAGUCAUGUUCGGGAGGUUCGGGAGGUUUGGGGUACAAAUGUCCCUACAUUGAUAGCUGCGACCUGGCGCGUGACGGCGGCCUCUCCAAGUCCCUGCAGCCGAGCCAAGCAUCAUCACUCAUUGCAUUGGCUGGCGGUAUCGUCGAGGCCAAUGCUUUGCUUGAUAUGCAGCAUUGGGGCGUAGGAGGUGGAAUGUUGAUGCUGUGGAAUAGACGCACGCCGACUUCAAGACUCAGGAGUGGAGGCCAAGGCAUCGACCAGCUCCCAUUCAACUUCACUUGGCCUGAACGCGGCAUGACAUCUGCAGACUCGGCUGAAGACCAAGUAGCCCUGGACGUCACGGCCCUUUCUACCCCGGACACUCCAAGGGACAAGAGACAUCAAGCCAUUGCAAGGCUUGCCCUGGCCAGCAGAGAGCAGCCUGCAGUGCGAGAACGCUUAGCACACUCCCUACCAGCACUCGUCGAGAAUCUCAGCGAUGCAUCAGCACCAGAUCCGACACUUCACAAUGAAACCGCCCGAGACACGAUCACGGCCAUUGGCUUCUCCUGGAUUACUCGCUUCCUGCUCCCACAUGGCGGAGACAGUCAGAUAUCAGGAUUCCGGGAGCUCGCCGCGCAGCUUCACAAAAGCAAUCUCCUGACAUCUUGGCCAUUCGAUGCCGAAGAACAAGUCCGUGACAUCCUGCUUUGGAUUACUGGCCACAAGGCGGAGCUGGAACCGGCACUCCAAGAGCAGUUGCCCAGCGCGGUAUUGAGUGGCUUGCUCGACCAACUUCCGCAACGUGAAGAUGGCGAGAAUGUGGAAGCAGUGCUGAUCGCUACCGAGCUUGUUCUUGUCUACUUGAGAGAUCCAGUAGUCCAAGGACAGAUCGCAGGUCAGCGAUUAGUGGGGAGGGUGCUUGAAAUCAUCAAGGAACACGAAGAUCCUUUUCUUGCGGCUGCAAUCGAGGAUAAAGAGGAUGCAGACCUUUUGAAGGCGCAGAACGCGAAUCUGGUAUGGUGUUUGUCUGAUAUCUCUGCUAACCCGGAGUUUGUGAAAUAUUAUUCUUUGGAGGAUGAUAUCAUCUCCGCUCAGGGUACCUCUAUUCUCUCCUAUAUCUGCCAUGCUAGAGGCGACGCUUGUAGUGGAUCUUAUUUCAUCGCAUGCUGCCAGAUUAUUGGCAAUCUACUGUGGGCGCUGCCACAGGAGAGCUACGCAAGCUGGGCUGAAGAAGGCAGCCUUCAGGGCUUCGCUUUGCACAAGUCUCUGCUUGACGUCCUCGCGUCAGCAGAUCAGGAAGGUCUAAGCAUUGAAGCUCUGCACUCUAUCGCAGGUGUUCUGAUUCAGCUAUCUCGGCCCUCUCUUCGCGCCCGAAGAUUGAUCGGUCAAUCAGAAAAUGCACUGGAUGCUAUGAAACAUCUUUGUCGACAUGAGCAUUCUGAAAUUCGACAAGAUUGUGUCAAAUUGCUCAAAGCGCUGGGCAACGACUGUCGUGAGAACCAGAAUAAGUUCGCAGCCGCCGGCUCCAUCAUGAAGAGCAAUAUCUGA